GGAAAACACAUCCCGCACCAGUGAAGGAAUUUUGGUUCGUCGUCGCAAGAAGCAUUGCGCAAGUCCGCAAAUCAUCUCAGUGUGCUCAACGGUUCGGAUGUUGUUGCUUGCUCCUUCUUUCAUUCGCAGCAAAACCGGUUCGCUCCUCCCCCAAGGGGUUGCUAUGGUGGUCGAAGUGGGCGGAGCGAUAAGCGCGCGCGUCUAAAAAUCGCAUGUUCCGCGAAAUCGGCGCACAAUCAAUGAAAAAUGCCGGCAGGAUUCUAUUUGUUGCUGAGUGCGGACGGAAGCACAUCAUCUCGCAGCGUGCAGCGUGCAGCGUGAAGCCAGUAGUAGAGAGUGUUGUUUUGUUUUUCUCACAGUGACACUACAACCGAAACACAAUAGAACGGUGCAAUAAAUCAAUAACGGGUUAGUUGCUUCCCUCAGUAGAUCACGCACAAACUCACGUCAAUCGUGUCGUACAGUGACGAUAAGCAGCGUUAUGUGGUGUGAUUUGUGCGAGAUGCUAUAAAUGACUGCAUGUGAUUCGCUUCCUGGUUGGAAUCAUUGCUCGCUUAUGCAACUUACGGUGGAUGAAUCACACGUUUGAGGGAGGGGGUCCGAAUAGAGUGCGAGACAGGUAGUGUGAAAGUGGAGAAAGCAGUGAGCGUGUGUGGGGUGUUGUUGUUAGGCAAAAACACAAACAACCACUACAAACAGCGUCUUCUGGUGGUCUAGGCCCAGUGUCGUCGUUCUCAAUUUCGCGAGAUUGUUGCUAGUUGGAUCGGUUGGAGCUGGUGGCCGGUGGUAGCUGUAGUUCGGGGCUCGCGCACCCGCCGUGUUAUUGUUUCCGUGUGUAUUCUAUUUGUUUUCGACGGAAGACACAAAGUAAAGCAAAGUGCCAUUGUGUGCCUUGCAGAACGGCGAGGCACUGUGCAAAAGGGAAAGCUGUGCCUCCGAUGUUGACCGUGUUGAAGGAUGGUAAAAAGUGAGCUGGAUGUCUAGAUAUUGUUUUCCCUCAAGUAGUGUGUGAGUGUGUGUUGUUUGUGUUCACAAAUCUUGGGAAACUUGGGCAGGUCUUGCGUACCUAGGACCCGUUAAUGUCGGUCAGUGCUUCCGUGUGUAUGAAACUGUGCGACAAAGUGUAGUAGCCUUUCGUAUCAAACCGGUCUAGUAGGCGAACUGUUGUAGUGUGACCGCGCGUAGUGAAACCAAAGUCUCGGGCGUCUUUGAUCGUUAAACUGAGCACAACGGACAUCAGAUCGAACCGUUCUAGAACUUUUAAGGCGGAACGCCGCAUCUCUGUUUAGUGUAGUGGGUUAAUUUUGGAGCCUGUGUUGAGUGUGAUUCUAUGCGGCACCAACUGGACGAAACGAAAUCAUCCACUUUUAUGAAACUGCCGUUCGAUCGACUAGCUAGAGUGAUGAAUCUGGAAGAGCCCAGCUUCGGAGACAACUACAUACAGGAGUUCGUGCUUGAACACCUGGACCACGACACGGGACCGAACGUGAAGCGUGAGGAUACUAGCCCCACAAUCCUCGGCAAUGGUGCCGGCUCGAAGCAUCUGUGGAACGGUGCCACGACGAUGGACGAGAAUGGUGGCAUCGUGCCGAUCAGGUUGAAAGCGGUCAGCAAUGGCGUGGUAGCCACGGGCGUUGGCAACGGUUGGCAUCUGGAGGACGCACGCAAAUUGCAUGCCGCCUGCUCGCCCGGUCCCGGAGACCUGUUCACACACGUCGGUGCACCGACGCACGGUCAACCGAUGCUGUUCAAUCCUCCGCUCAGCGGUGUACCGUCGACACCGCCGGAAACACCUCCGGUAAUCGGAUCUCCCAACUCAUCCGGCGGUGUUGGUGGCACCGGUGGAGUCGUGAGCGGCGGUGGAGGCUACGUUAACGGCCCGUACUAUGGCACCCGUUCCCAGACCGGUCUGGUCGAGGAGAUGAUGUUCCUGCCACAGACGAUGCGGGGUGAGCAACCGCUCGACCUACGACCGCUGCACUGUUCCAUCGGUCCGGAAGGGGACUGGAUCGAUCGGAAGGAGUACACCGGCGUGCUGACCGUAGCAAGCGGUCCGAAUGGGCAAAACGGUAUGCUCGGUGGGGUUGGCGGUGGUGGUGGAGGCGGUGGUGCAGCCGGUCCCAAUGGAGGAAUCGUAACGGUGAGCAACACAGCUGCGAGUGGGGGAGGUGGCGUUGGGGGACCGUUCCAGCAUCAUCAUCACCAUAUCACGGCGGCCCAGCUGGAGUUUGGACCGCUGAGCAUGCACAAUGUGUCGCAUCAGCAUCCGCACCACCAUCACAGCCACCAUCAUCAUCAUCAUCAUUCGCUACACACGAACCGGCCACACUCCGUCAGCUCCACGAGCUCCACCAUUUCACCCCGCCACGGUACCAGCAGCAGUGGUGGAGGUAGCUGCUACAACGGCCUGGGCGGAUCGGGCUCCGGCAACGGACUCUCCUCCGAGGAUCUCAUCAACGACGAGCUGCUGAUGACGCUGUCGGUGCGCGAGCUGAACAAGCGGUUGCAUGGCUGCCCGCGGGAUCAGGUCGUACGGUUGAAGCAAAAGCGGCGUACCCUGAAGAACCGAGGCUACGCACAGAACUGUCGAUCGAAGCGGUUGCAACAGCGCCACGACCUGGAGAUCACCAAUCGCCAUCUCCAUCACGAGAUGCAACAGAUGAAGAUGGAGCUGGCCAAGAUAAAACAGGAACGGGACGAGCUCAUCCAGACGCUGCAGAUGCACCAGCGCGACCAGUCAACACAGCAGACGGCAGGCGUGUUGCAACAUCAGCAACAUCAACAGGCACACCAUAAGCAACAGCAACAUCAACACCAGCAGCAACACCAACACCAACACCAGCAACAGCAUCAGCAGCAUGCACACUAUCAGCAGCAGUCUCGGCAGCAGCAACAACAGCAGCAACAACAGCAGCAACAACAGCAGCAGCAACAGCAGCAGCAACAACAACAUCAUCUUCAUCAUCAGCAACAGCAACACCUAGGCUCGUCGCAACACAAUGGUCCCUGUGGGGGCAGUGCCGGCAGUGGAAGUGCUUCCGGUGCCAGCAGUGCCGGCAAUGGUGGCGGUGGUGGUGGUGGUGGUGGUGGUAGCAGUGGAGGAAGCGGUAGUGGCAGUGCCGGUGCUGGAGUUGGCGCGGGGUUAGUUUCCUCGGUGAAGCAACUGAUCGCGGAGAGUGUUACAUCGCAGGAGUACUACGUAUGACGCCAGACGACGCUCGGUAAUCAUCAAACACCUUCGUGGGUUGGGCGAUAUGCCUGUUAAUUCCGAGCUGCUUAGAUUAGUGUGUGCGCGUGGCCGCGUGUGAGUGGUCACACGUUGAUGAGAGAAGGUGAAGGGGAACGUGUAUAUAGUAGAUGUUUUUGGUGUCUGAGGGCACACAGCCUUGGGGACUGUGAAGUGUUGACUUAGGGAUCGUGUUCGUGAGGGGGAAAUGUGGCUGCAGUGAUGAACAGUGGUGAUUGAUUCAUUUUAGGAAGCAUAAUCCUAAGGACUCAUUUAUUUUUAUUUGAUUUUACCUUUUACGUUUUAUGGUUAACAUUUAAUUCAUCUCAAUUUGCGAUUUAAAUAAGAUGUAAAAGGUUUGCAAAGGUUUUUUUAAUCUUUUGCUAAUAUUUUACUUUUGAUCCUCAAAUGUUAUUGUAUUCGUUUCAUGAUUUAUAGUUAAUUUCUUUAAUAUUUCCAAAAAUUUUGUUUGUUAAUCAUUUAUUGACAUCGUCUCAAACAAUUUUGAAAAAAAUCGUAAAAAAUAGAAACAAUCAUUACAUUGUGGGAAAGAUUCAAACAUAUUCGGACACUGGGAUAAAAGUAAUAUUUUUUAUCUGUUGGGAAAUAGUAAAAAAUAUUGAAAAAGAAUAAACAAAACUACGGGCAACUAUGUAAUUUAAAAUGAAUCAAGGGAUUUCUAUUAUGAUCAUCAAUAUAAAAAAGAUUUUUUUUGGGUAAAUAAGCUGUUAAUUUGUUAAUAAUAUGAGUACAAACAUAAGUUGCUGAUGAUCAACGCUUGUUUGAAAGGGUAGGGGCUAAUUUUAGUUGGAGCAUGUUGAUUUUGUAUUACUUUGUACGGGUUAAGGGUUAAAUACUGUUCACUUUCUUUCGUUUGAAGUAACAAUUAAUUUUCACUAUUAAUCUUACAUUCAGUGGAAGCCAGCAUUGAUAGAUAAUCAUAUUACUUAACUAUAAAUAUUAUCAUCAUUAACUCUCAGUUCGGUUUGAUUCGUUUAUGUCAUGCAUACAGUACACCAUACCCAAAAACAAAACAGUAUACAUUUUGUUGCAUUUAAAAUCACUUCACUACAGUUCCGAUCUGGUGUAUACGAAUGUGUUGAAACGAUCUUCUAAUACUGCAAGUGUUGCCGUCUAGUGUGUUACUAUGCGACAAAAGGAACACAUUGAGCAUAACGAGAUAGGAUAAAACCCCGUGUAUAAACGAGCACGGCUACGAACGAAAGUGACUAACAAUUACGAUGAUAAUAAUGAUAAUAACCGUAGCAAAUGAAAUACGUUGUAAUAUUCCCAGCAAAAGCGUUCGAUAAAUUGGCACUGUAACAGAUAGGACAGCGAUCGUAAUAACUAAAAAAAUCACCUCGCUCGACUCGACUCGAGACGAUGAAGCAAUAAUUAGAUCAUCGAAGCAAAUAUCAUGUUAAUGUAAAUGAAAUAAGCAAACAAGCGAUUGAUAGGGAAUUGCUUUGAUCAGUGUAUUAUCCACUCCACUUGGUUGUAUUCCCGAUUGUGUUACCUUUUGUUGUUUGGGUUUCUUUACGUACAAGUACAACACUGUAAACAAAAUCGAUCGAUCGCUAACCUACCACUGGUGUAAAAAAUAGAUAAGAAGUCAAAGCACGGCGACGUUUAUCAUUAAAUGAUGUUGAAGCAAAGUAAAACAAAGCAUAACAAAAAAAUAUUACAAAACAUAAAUACAACAAGCUGCGUACUGGUUCUUAUUUCUUCUCCGAUGGUUGUUCGAUGGUCCAAUUGUUCGAUAUUUUGUUGGUUGGUUCUGUCCCACUCGAAUUUCGGCCGCCCGCGUAUUUUAUUGCGUAUUCCACUGGCCACCACAAAGUCGACAGCGGUGGCAGGAAACUUGCGCCGUUGUUUGUUUACUCUCUUUCCACUGUUACGAUG